UUAGUAUUCGAUACUUAUCUAGUAACAAAGAAAAUGCAAGAAAUUACCCAUAAUGUCUUAACGUGUAAAAAUCGCGGUAAGAGACAAAUUCUGAUUACUUAUAUCGUUCAUUAAGCGAAGAAACGCUAAAAAGUAUAUUACAUAUAUACGAAUUCAAUAAUAUAUAAGAUGCAACAAGGCAGAGGCCGGGGUCGUGCGAAAGGUCCACCUGUGCAAUCACCUACUUCACCAACAACUGGUGCUUGGGUACGUAGACCCGGUCCAGGUCAACCUCAGGCAGGACCGUCACAACCUAGGGCUUCACCUAGACCAUCGCAACCUAGAGCAUCGUAUCCUAGACCACCACAACCUAGGUCAUCACCUAGACCAUCGCAACCUGGACCAUCCCAACCUGGACCAUCGCAACCUGGACCAUCACAAAGAGCAUGGCCAAGACCUGGCCAACCAAUUCAGACUUUUGCACGAGGAGGACGAGGAGAUGGACAAGGCUAUUCUGGAGGAGCUAGUUAUGAAUCGAAAGAUACUCAAACAGGUGGUGGUGGAGAUGCUUCAAUUGGUAGAGGUGCCAUGCGAGGUAAAAGAUCAGUACCUACUGACAUCAUGCUAGUUACAAGACCACAAAAUCUGCCUACAAAGAAAGGAAGUUUUGGUACCCAAAUUAAACUUCGAGCGAAUUACUUCAGGUUACUGUCUACUACAAACUGGACUCUUUAUCAAUAUAGAGUUGAUUUCGCUCCGGAAGAAGAUCGUACUGCUACUCGUAAAUCUUUACUUAAGCAUCAUAAAGAAAAAUUGGGUGCAUACAUUUUUGAUGGUACUGUACUAUACACAAGUCACCGUUUACCUGAAAAUAUGAAUCUUCUAUCAAAAAGACAAUUUGAUGAUGAAAAAAUUACAAUAACUAUCAAAUUUGUUGGAGAUCUGGCUAAAGAUGAUCAUCAUUAUCUGCAAUUUUUCAACAUAAUAAUGAGGAAAUGCUUGGAGCAUUUAAAGCUACAAUUAGUUGGUCGUGAUUAUUAUGAUGCAGAAACUAAAGUUGUAGUUGCUCAGUAUAAAUUGGAAUUGUGGCCAGGUUACUUCACAUCCAUUAGACAACAUGAAAGAGAUAUUCUUAUGUGUGCGGAAAUAACUCAUAAAGUUAUGCGUCAGGAUACACUUUUAGAUAUUUGGAGAAGUUGUCAAGAGAAUGGAGGCAAUGUAGAGAAAACGUAUUAUGAAGAAAUCUUAGGAUCUGUUGUACUUACUGAUUACAAUAACAAUACGUAUCGGAUAAUGGAUGUUGAUUUUAAACUAACGCCAAAUAAUGCCUUUCAACUUAAAUCUGGAGAGUCAGUAACAUAUAAGGAUUACUACAAGAAUAAAUAUAAUAAAAUUAUACAGUACAAUAAUCAACCUAUGCUCGUUGCAGAAGGAAAACAAAAAUCACGUAAUCUACCAGAUCAAUCGGAACGUUUAGUUUACUUAGUUCCUGAAUUAUGUCGCGCGACAGGUUUGACGGAUCGUAUGAGAGCAAAUUUUGAUUUGAUGCAAGCGUUAGCUACACAUACACGAGUCUCUCCUGAAUCACGAAUUCAGAAAUUGUUAAUGUUUAAUAGAAGACUCUGCUCUCAACCAAAUAUUGUUAAAGAAUUAAAGGAAUGGAAUUUAGAAUUGGAAGAUAAAUUGGUUGAAAUUCCAGGACGUGUAUUACCUACUGAAAAAAUAGUUUUUCGUACAGGUUCUAUAUCUGCAGGUGUAGAAGCAGAUUGGACAAGGGAAUUGCGUAAUAAACAGUUAAUUGCUUCUAAACCUUUGAAAAAUUGGAUUUUAGUCCAUACAGGGAAUUUAAAGCGAGAUUGCGAGGAUUUCUUAAAAAAUCUUACAAAAGCAGCAGGUGGAAUGGGAUUUAAUAUAGAACGUCCAAGAAUGUUUCCAAUUGCAGAUGAUCGAUCUAGUACAUAUUCUGAUGCAUUAGAAGAACUCUUAAGUAAAUCUAUUCCACAAUUAGUUCUUUGCAUUGUUACAACUAAUCGUUCUGAGCGCUACAGUACUAUAAAAAAGAAAUGUUGCGUUGACCGUCCAGUCCCGUCGCAGGUAGUUAUUAGGAAGAAUUUAAUAAAAGGAUUAUCUGUAGCUACGAAAGUAGCUGUUCAAAUGAAUUGUAAACUGGGUGGAGUCCCAUGGUGUGUCGAAGUACCGCUUUCGGGAUUAAUGGUGGUUGGUUUUGAUGUUUGUCAUGAUACAAAUAUGAAAGAACGUGAUUUUGGUGCUACGGUAGCUACUUUAGAUAAAAAUUUAACCAGAUAUAUUAGUGCCGUAAGUCCACAUAGUAAUGGUGAAGAAUUAUCCAACGAUAUAGCUAGUCAUAUUUGUAAGUUUGUAACAACAUAUCGACAAUACAAUGACAAUAAAUAUCCUGAUCGUAUUGUGGUCUAUCGUGAUGGUGUUGGCGAAGGUCAAAUACACUUAGUCUAUAAUCAUGAAGUAAAGGAAAUAAGGAGGAGACUUGCUCAAAUGUAUGGAGGUGAGGCAGCAGUAAAGAUGGCUUUUAUAAUCGUUAAUAAACGGGUGAAUACUCGAAUUUUUUAUAAUGAGAGGAAUCCGCCAUGUGGCACAGUUGUGGAUGACGUGAUAACAAGUCCAGUAAAAUACGAUUUCUUUAUCGUAUCUCAACACGUUAGACAGGGUACUGUUACACCAACCUCGUAUAGUGUGAUUGACGAUACUGUUGGUCUUGAUGCAGAUAAGAUGCAACGGCUCACGUAUAAGCUCACACAUAUGUAUUACAAUUGGUCUGGUACUGUAAGAGUACCAGCUCCAUGUCAAUAUGCACAUAAGCUUGCAUAUUUGGUAGGUCAAUAUGUACAUCGAGCUCCAAACACUCAUUUGGAAGAUCUUUUAUAUUAUUUGUAAUGUCUAAUUUCUAUUUCUAUUCUUUUCAUUGCGACGUAUAUACAUCAUAUGUAAAUAUACAUGCAUACCUGUGUAUAUACGUAUAGUCAUGAAUAUAACAUGACAUCCAUAUUUUAUUUUAUUUUUUGUUUCAAAACUUUUUGAGAGAAAGGGAGAGAGAAAUGAUUAUUUUUUAGUAUAUAUAUAAUAUAUAUUUCUUUUUUUAUUAUAGCCUUACAUAGACGGCUUUAUUCAACUCACUAAAAUUAUUUUAUUGUUGUUACCAUUUAAAUCUUUUUUUCUUAUAUAUUUUAUUAAAAGGAUUAAAGCAUAAAGUUACAUUAGAAAGACUUAUCACAUAUGUAUAUAUGGUAUAGUGAUAUGAUAUUCUUGCGAUCCUUUUACACUUAUGCAUAUAUACACUUAAUUGAAAGCGAGUGUUUUCUUUUUUUUUGCUGAUACAGGAAAUGAUAAGAUCGAUGUGGCAAAUUAUAUUCAUCUAAAGAUAUUCAUAGCUUAAUAUACGGAAUGUUUAUUUUUUGUAUACAAAGAUAAAGAAAAACAUAAUAAAGUAAUAUAAUUAAUAAUA